AUGGCGCUGGUGGUGACUGUGAAGAAUUUUCAAGCUCUUAAGUGCAAGGGUGACAAGGUGGUGAAGAUCGAUUUUCGAGGUGUAUCCCACUACUCGAGGAACCUCGAGGAGAACGGAGACCUCGUCACGGUCGAUCAGAGUUUUACCUGGAAUUUAGGAAGACCAAUUGACGACGCCGAAACACUCCAACUGGCUGUAGUGUCGAAAGGAGUAUUGCGACAUGAAAAAGUUGUUGCCAAAUAUGGACUGGUCCUACAGACUGUCGUCAGAGAUGGUAGAAUUCACGUCACGGAUUCUCUACUCGACCUUAACAACAGAGCACUUCCGACCGUCGUGUCUUUCGAAGUGCGCUAUAAUCCACCCGACGGAAGCUGCAGCUCUUAUGCGCCCACUGAAAUCAUGGAGGACGAGCAACAGAUGCUCAUUGACAUAGAGCAAAACAUUGCCAACCUGGAACGCAGCCUGGAACAGGCGAACAGCACCAAGAGAAGGGGUUCCUGGCACAGUCAUGAUAAAAGUUGCAAAAAGGGUUUUCUGCAACGGGGUAGCUCGAUGUCUACCGGAGAAGAUUCGCCGGAUCGUAAGAGGAGCUCAACUCUCAAAAGCAUGAGGUCCUUGAUGAGACUCGGGAAGCAGAGGCCGCCCAGGGAAAAAUCCUGCGACUCCAGUUCGGAGACCCGCGAACUCUUGGACAGACGCGACUCCAGCUAUGCUUCGUCGAACGAACCUUCUAGAACUAAUUCGAUGACGUCACUGGAGACCAACAACUCGGACAACGAGAGUCAUAAGAGCGGCGACGUUCAGGACGAAGAGAAUGUUGUGAAAGUUACUAGGAAAAUUAAACCUAAGAGUGGGGAUGUUGGUCAGGGUGCUUUGAAGGCUCAGGAUUACCAAGUGUGCGUGACCAUAAUCGAAGCCAGACAGUUGGCCGGACUGAAUAUGGAUCCGGUUGUAUGCGUACAGGUGGGCGAUCAGAAAAAAUAUACGAGCGUUAAGGAAUCGACGAAUUGUCCAUAUUAUAAUGAGUACUUCGUUUUUGAUUUUCACAUGCCGCCUGUGAUGCUCUUCGACAAGAUCAUCACUCUCUCGGUACAGCAAUCGCGGAAUCUGUUGCGUGCUAAUCUAACACUGGGCAGCUUUAAAUUAGACGUCGCGACGGUCUGGGCGCAGCCAGAUCAUCAAUUCUAUCAUAAAUGGGCCUUACUGACGGACCCAGAUGACGUAGCAGGAGGCCCCAAGGGUUACCUAAAGUGUGAUAUCAGUGUUAUCGGCAAGGGUGACUCAGUGAAGAUACCCCCAAAAAGUGAAAAGGACGAGGAUGAUAUUGAAGGGAAUUUGUUGCUACCGGACGGCGUUCCCAUUGAGCGACAAAGGGCUCGAUUCGUGGUAAAAAUCUACAGGGCGGACGGUUUGCCAAAAAUGAAUAGCAGUAUAAUGGCGAACGUGAAGAAAGCAUUUACCGGUGAAGUAAAGGAUCUGGUCGAUCCUUACGUCCAAGUGUCCUUUGCAGGAUUGAGCGGCAAAACAAGCGUCAAGAGACAUAGCUACGCACCCGUAUGGAACGAACAGAUUGUUUUUACAGAAAUGUUUCCUCCCCUCUGUCAAAGGAUCAAAAUUCAAUUAUGCGAUAACGAUCCUGUCCACGCCACUGUCAUCGGUACCCAUUUCGUUGAUCUGAAGCAAAUCAGCAAUGACGGCGAAAAAGGAUUUUUGCCCACUUUUGGUCCAGCCUUUAUUCAUCUUUACGGCAGCAUCCGUGACUACAGUAUUAUAGACGAACAUUCCACCCUCAAUGCGGGACUCGGCGAAGGAAUUUCAUACAGAGCAAGAUUACUGAUAGCGAUAAGGACUGAGAUCAGCGAUAACAUAGAUAUGGCGCCUUCUGAAGUUGAAGUGGAGCCUACGAUGCCGAUAACGGAAACGUCGUAUGCACGGAACGAUGAAUUUUUUUUAUUUGCAACCAUAAUGGACGCUACAAUGAUUGAUAAGAAAUUGGGUGAUAAGCCUAUGUAUUUUGAAAUUUCCAUUGGCAAUGCUGGAAACGCUUUGGAUGGACAUAACGAAAGUUCUAAGGUCUGCGAAUUGAGCUCAGGCGGUACCGGAAGUGGGGAGGAAGAUGAUCUACAGGAAGUUUUAACGGGAUCCUGGCAGAGUACCACACCCCCUAGUAAACCAAUGACUCACGACAGAAUAUAUUAUUUUUUACCAUAUUGGGAUGACAAACCCUGUCUUCACGUGAGAAGUAUCUGGCCUGAUUACAGAAGGCGAAUGUACAACAGUAAUAUCAUUGGAAAAAUCAUAGACAAAUUGGAGGAAGGGUUGUCCGACGUUCAAUCCCACGCGGAGAGUUUGAAUGGUGAAAAACUGUUGAAAUCCGUUUUGGAGGAAUUGAGUAGCAAUUGCAAUCGUUACGUAAGUAUCAGCAAGUCCAGUACGACUGGUCCAGGAGUCGGUAAAACGAAGCUGGACAAGGAACGUACAAAGCUGUGUCAAAGAGAACUAGAGAAUUUGGCUACCAUGUCGAGAAACCUUAAGGCACUUGUCACAAGGAGCAGCUUCAAGGAGAGAUUGAAAACCACCCAGAGUUACUUACAGAAAUUGAAAUUUUUGGUGGAGGAUCCUCAAGACUCGUUACCGGAUGUAUUUAUUUGGGUUAUCAGUUCCGGUAGACGCGUGGCUUAUCACAGAAUCCCUAGCAGAGAUCUCAUUUACUCGAUAGUCGACGAAGAAUGCGGAAAACACUGUGCAAAAGUUCAGACCAUGUUUCUCAAGUUACCAGGAAAGAAGAGAUUUGGUCCAUCCGGCUGGACCAUCCAGACGAAGCUACAGAUUUAUAUGUGGCUUGGUAUACUUAAGCACAAGAAAUAUUUUAUCCAGGGUUUACCAUCCGGAUACGAGAUAAGCCACGAGAUAAGAAACGUGGACAGACCACGUGCACUGCCGCCAUCGAUUAUCCAUUACGUUCAAAAACACAAAUUUCAAUUAAGAGCCCACAUGUAUCAGGCAAGAUCAUUGAUCGGAAGUGACGCUUCCGGUUUGUCUGAUCCAUUCGCCAGAGUCGUGUGUGGGGAAUUUUGUAAAUUGACUCAGGUCAUUGACGAAACUUUGAGUCCAACUUGGGACGAAUUAUUAUUAUUCGAUGACAUAUUGAUCUAUGGGACUGCUGAGGAGAUCAAGAAGGAUCCACCAUCGAUCGUCAUUGAAUUGUUCGAUCAGGAUAAAGUGGGCAAGUCCGAAUACAUAGGUCGUGCUAUAGCAAAACCGCAUGUGAAACUUGCUGGAGAACCCUACACGCCGCCACAGUUUCCACCAUCACUGGAAUGGUACGAAAUUUCACGAGGUGCAGCGAGAGCAGGCGAACUUUUAGCAGCUUUCGAAUUGCUCGAAUAUUCGACCACGAAGGAUUUCGUGUUUCCAACGCUUCCGGAUCCAAAAGACAAAGAAUAUCAAAUCUUAAAUGGACUCGAACAAGAUCAAGGUCCGAUAUUACCGGUACCAGUAGGAAUACGGCCAACCCUGUCAAAAUAUCGAAUCGAAGUACUCUUUUGGGGUUUAAGGGAUCUCAAAAGAGUCCAUCUACUAACCGUUGACAAACCAAGAGUCGACGUUGAAUGUGCCGGGCAUAUUUUGUAUUCAUCGGUUAUAUCGAACGCAAAAAAAAAUCCAAAUUUCAAUACACCCAUUAAAUUCCUAGAAGUUGAACUACCCGAGCAGGAGCUAUAUCGUCCGCCAUUGACAAUCAGGGCAGUAGAUUGCCGUAGUUUUGGCAGAUACACCCUAGUUGGUACGCACACAAUAAAUUCGAUUCACAAAUAUAUGUAUUACCCGCAAACAAAGCGAGCGAGGGAAGCGGAGGAGAGGAAGAAGAGUCUCUAUCAGUUACAAUGCGGCUCCAUUGAAAAUCCAAAGAUAAAAUAUCAGCAUAGUUCGCUACCAGAUUCGUUAACGGAUUUGGAAUCGACCAACGGGGACACAAUAAUCACACUAGGUUUCGAGCAAGUAGGCUGGCCAACGAAAAGGGACAAAACCGAGCAAAACUUAAGGCGGAAAGAGAGUCUGGUACAAGGAGGAAGUAUAGGUGACCUGGGAUCAUUCGAGGACGAGGAGGGUUGUCAGGAUUGGUGGACAAAAUAUUUCGCAUCCGUAGAAGCGAUGAUCGAGGAGAACAAAGAAAUUCGAAAAGAAAAAUUUUUUCAAAAUCAACAAAACUGCACCGUACCGUUUUACCUGGACGAUGAGCUUGCACCGGGGCACGUUCAUGGAUCUAUCGAGAAGAGUCCUGGGAUGCAAUCCACGAAGAAACUAUUUGGCUUGAAGAGCCCUGGUACUGCUGCCAAAUUUGUGGCCAAGUUGAGUCCAAAAAAUAUUCCACGUGCGAAGAGUACUCAAAAAACGGCUCUUUUGAAAAUUUAUCCCAACGAACUUGAGUCUCAGCCUGAAUACGAGUCUUUUAAAGAAUGGUUGCAUACCUUUGAAUUGUAUCGCGGUAAGAAGACCGACGACGAACCGGAAGACGAAUCCAGGAUUGUCGGUAGUUUCAAAGGCGCCCUUAAGGUUUACAAAUGGCCGCUACCUAAGGAUCUGACAGAUCAUACUGUCAUGGGGUUCGAUCCUCAGUAUGGAUUCUUUCAAGGAGUACCAUCCAACGAGCCAAUUCACGUGCUGGUCAGGGUCUAUAUCGUCAAGGCUAAUGAUCUUCAUCCGUGCGACCUCAACGGCAAGGCUGAUCCUUAUGUGGUCCUACAACUGGGUGGCAAACGAAUUAGCGACAAAGAUAAUUAUAUAUCCAAACAAUUGAAUCCUGUGUUUGGCAAGUGCUUUGAAAUUGAAGCUACAUUCCCACAGGACUCUUUACUGACUGUUCAGGUCUUGGACUGGGACCUGGUCGGAGCUGAUGACCUCAUUGGUGAGACCAAGAUCGAUUUGGAGAAUCGCUUCUACAGCCGACAUCGCGCUACUUGUGGUCUUGCUAAAAGAUACGAUGAGACUGGCUACAACAAAUGGAGGGACGCUAUGAAGCCCAGUCAGAUUUUGACAAAAUUAUGUAAAGAUGGAAAAAUCGAUGGACCGGUAUAUUCAAAUGGACGGGUUUCCAUUGGUCGAAAAACAUUUUCAUUGACCAAUGAGGAGAUGGAGUAUUACGUACAUUCCAGAGGAAUGGAGGAACACUUGGCUCUUGCUGUUUUGCAUCAAUGGAAUUUCUUUCCACGUAUUGGCUCUGCGCUGGUUCCUGAACACGUGGAGACGCGGCCACUUUAUAAUCCAGACAAGCCUGGAAUCGAACAAGGGAAAUUAGAAAUGUGGGUGGACAUGUUUCCAAUGGACAUGCCGUUGCCGGGACCGCCGAUCGAUAUUUCACCUAGAAAGCCAAAAAGUUAUGAAUUAAGAAUUGUCAUUUGGAAUACCGACGACGUUGUCUUGGAGGACGAUGCAUUUUUUACUGGAGAAAAAAUGAGCGAUAUUUAUGUCAAGGGCUGGUUGAAGGGGCCCGAAGACUGUCAAUGCACUGAUAUACAUUAUCGAUCGUUAACGGGGGAGGGUAAUUUUAAUUGGAGAUUUAUAUUUCCUUUUGAUUAUCUGGUGGCUGAGGAAAAAAUUGUGAUCAAUCGUAAAGAAAGUUUAUUCAGCUGGGAUGAGACUGAAUGCAAAAUACCUGCAAGAUUGGAAUUGCAAGUUUGGGACGCUGAUCAUUUUUCGGCUGAUGAUUUCUUGGGCGCCAUUACCCUCGAUUUAAAUAGAUUUCCCAGGGGGGCGAAGAAUAGUAAACUUUGUACUUUGGGGAUGUUGAAAACUGACGGUUCUGUGCCGAUGGUUAAUAUAUUUAAGCAGAAACGUAUUAAGGGUUGGUGGCCAUUUUACGUGAAAAAAGAAAACGAGGACAUGGAAUUGACGGGAAAAGUCGAAGCGGAAAUACAUUUGCUGACGAAAGAGGAAGCUGAAAAAAAUCCAGCUGGAUAUGGAAGAAACGAACCAGAUCCACUUGACAAGCCAAAUCGACCGGAUGCGUCUUUUAUGUGGUUCCUGAAUCCUCUGAAGUCGAUCAAGUACAUCGUUUGGCACAAUUACAAAUGGGCUAUUCUCAAAGCAGUGAUCGCCAUUGGGAUAUUGCUAUUAAUUUUACUUUUCUUUUACGCAAUUCCUGGCUACUCUGUCAAAAAAAUUUUGGGAGCCUAAGACAACAACUUUCCACUUGUAUUCCCCUAUACUGUAUACUGUGAUCUGUUUCUUUGUUCUUUCAUUUUCCUCGUUUCCGAAAGAACAAAAGAGAAGAUAUCCGUAGUUCUAAUUAGCGCCCGUGAUAUUAGCGAUUGCAAUUUAAAAAGUAAUUAGUAGCAGGUUCAUUAGUGAAAUAUUACGCGACACCGUUAUACCUCAGAUUAAAAAAAAAUACAAUCAAUAAGAACAGUGAUAGAAGAAUUAGCCGAGUGAGUAAUUAGAAACACUAUUUUUCAAAAAUAAUUAUCACGAGUUCUUGUAUAAUCGAAAGUCAAUCGAUUUUGUGGUUUACUGUGCUUUAACAAUUUUUGACUCAUAGACUGCAAUCUGUGUAUAGUACGUGUUAGCUUGUGCAAAAAGUAAAUAGAAAUAAAUUUAAUUAUUACACAAUCUUUUUUGUAGCACAAACAGUUUUUAAUAUUAUUAUUUGUUGCAAUAUGCUGCAAGGAUGAGUAGUGGAGGAUUUUAGACAAUAGAAGCUUCGAAUGUUUUUUAUUCUAAAAAUAUAUUCUUCACGCGUUCGUAUCCGCUAUAUCGGUACUUGCUAAACAUUUCCAUUUCGAUGGACCAAUAGCGCAUUAAUUAUUCACUGCUUUGAUAGAUCGUACAUGUAAAUAUUCGUUUUCUUUUUUAACACUGAAAUUAAUCACGAGAACAGGUUGCGAAUAAUAGUGGUAAAAUAACCAGUAGUAACAAUAAGUAAUAAGUCUGUAAGAUAUAAAUUAUAACGUUUUUACUUAAAUAGGUGUAUCACCAUGCAAUUAUUUUGCUCGCAAUAACAAAUAAAAUAUUCUUAAAACUUGA